CAUUAUAUCUGUGGCAGCUCGAAUAGGGUUUCUGCAAGUCCCCGUGGUAGCUUAGUGGGUAACGUAUUUCCCUAGUAGUAUUAUGGAUACAUAGUGGUGUAUGUUCGAUUCCGGGUAUAGGCAUACUUGGUUUCGUUGUGGGAGCGAAUCGUCCGAGGAGUGCCCCACAGCAGUAGCUGUCUGGCCGUUAAUCUCGAAAGAUGUUAACGAAUCCCUUAGAGUCAACUCAGUUUAAAAGAUCUGUAAUUAAUCGCGACGUAAGAUUUUGAUUGCCGCGCUAAAUACAGACAGCACUUUGUUUUGGUCGGGUUCAGCUUUUAGGCGACAUGUGAUUUAGAGAGGGGCGUCGGUAACUCGGCGUUGCUGCUAGAGGGUAUUGUAAUAAAAAGCUACUAUUUGUAUUAAACAUACAGACAGAUAGGUAUAAAGGCAGCUAGAUAGAGAUUACAAUGACCCACACCUAGUGAGAAGGGACGGAAUUGUGGGACAAAGCGUGUGCGUGAAAGUAUCCAUGUGAAACGAUUCUGCGCUGUGCUUAUUAUUUACUGUCUCUUUGUAACCAAUGGCUUAGCUGCUAAUAUUAAUGAGAAGAAAGUGACAACGACCGCAAAUUUAUCACCAUGAAGAAAAAGGUACUUUUGAUGGGAAAGUCUGGGUCUGGAAAAACGAGCAUGCGUUCAAUUAUCUUUGCCAACUAUAUCGCCAGGGAUACUCGGAGACUUGGGCCGACAAUCGAUGUGGAGCACGCUCAUGUACGUUUCCUUGGCAACCUUGUACUCAACUUGUGGGACUGUGGAGGUCAGGAGGUCUUCAUGGAGAACUAUUUCCAGGCACAACGGGACACGAUUUUUUUGAACGUUGAGGUACUUAUUUACGUUUUCGACGUUUCCUCGAUGGAGUACGACAAAGAUAACGUCUACUACCAAAGUUGUCUAGAAGCGAUUCUGACGAACAGUCCGCAAGCCAAAGUGUUCUGCCUUAUUCACAAAAUGGAUCUUGUUUCGGAGAAAGAUCGCCAAAAUAUUUUUGAGGGUCGAGUAUCAGUCCUGACAAAAUUGUCAAACCCGAUAUUACCCGUGUGCUUUUCUACGUCGAUAUGGGACGAGACGCUGUACAAGGCUUGGUCAUCAAUCGUGUACACACUUGUGCCAAACGUGGCAAAAUUGGAGCGAAGUCUAAACAGAUUUACGAAAAUUAUCAAUGCUGACGAGGUGUUGCUCUUCGAAAGGGCUACGUUCUUGAUUAUUUCGCAUCAGCAGCAACGAGAGCAUCCAGAUAUACACCGCUUCGAAAAGGUGUCAAACAUCAUCAAGCAGUUUAAGUUGAGCUGUUCGAAACUUGCAUCACAGUUCCAGUCAAUGGAAGUACGCAACUCUUCAUUUGCCGCCUUCAUCGAGAUGUUUACCCAGAACACCUAUGUCAUGGUUAUUAUAUCUGAUACUUCAAUCCCAUCCGAGUCGGUACUGGUGAACAUUCGGAAUGCAAAACGACACUUCGACAAACUUGAUGGUGUUAGGGCCGGUGCAGGAAGCCAAAUACGUAAAUGAAUGAAGGUGUCGGAUGAAGUUUUCUGGGCAGAAAACGCUCGUUGAUGACGUGAGCAGCCAAACAAAUCAGGUCUGAAGAAAUUUUGUGGGAUGCGAGCGGUCAUUCGGGUAAUACUGACUAAUGCCUAUACGUAUCUCUGGUAAAGAUGUUUUUUUUUAACAUCGGGCAAUAUUUCCGUUGACAGACGAAAGUUUUCCCGAGCUAUUAAGGAUUUAGAUUGAAUGUUACUAGAUGUUUGGCAGUCGGAAAAAUGGAUCACGUAUAAAAAAAAAUGCGUAAGCACAUAGCCGAUGGGACUUCAUUUAAUUUGAGGGACUUUUCUUGGGAUUGAUGAUGGUCUUUAAUAUGACUACAAUUUCCUGCCUAAAUGUGGUCAUAACGCCUGUACUGGCAAUCGUGCAUAUCUAAUGACGUAUCACAUAGGUGACCCUGCUCCCUAGUUUUUCAUUUCUGUUGAUUUAAAGACGAUAUACUCAAAUAUAAAUUCUCUGUUCGUGUUCUAUUCUUAAUCUUCUAACGUAUCGAGCUAACAUUACUCUUUUCUCAUUAGACCGUGGGGAGCUAGGUGCACACUACUAAACACUGUCGCUGUCCAGCGAUGGUAACGGCAUCGGUGAACAUGUCUCGAGGCUCGUAAUCGUUAAACGUAUCAGCUGCCAGUUAGCUGUGAUCCUCUAGAUUUAAUAUUUAGUUUCUGUCCCUAUUCCUAUAAUUUCCUCUAUACUAUAUAUAUCACGGUUGGUGGUAUUUGUUUCAUUAUGAAAUCUACAGUCUCUGCUUGGGUCUAUUUGACGUUGGCCAAAAACCGGCUCGAACUAGCAACAUUGUAAGGACGCCGUCGCGAAGAAGAAAUUAAUCAAGUUAAUGAAAUUGAUCGCUGAUAGCGACGAACAUUGUUAGAUGUGACUGUCUGUGUGUAUAUAUGCGAAGUAUUUUCAAGUAGGUUAUUAUGAAGAUGAUAUAUGGUAAUAAAAAUAAAGAACCAUAAAAGGAAUGAGCGUUUGCGUGUGAUACGUUGAUAUUGGCCAACAGAUGUGUAGAUAGUCAAUAGAUGCAUGGAAAUAAAUGCAAUGACACCGGUUGACUCGUAUCUCUUAACCAUAAACCAGUGAAUUAAAUUAAUGCUCUCUAAAAAUUAGCUUUUUUUUUGUGUGAGUCAUUUUUAACCAUUAUAUAUUGCAACAUCGUUUG